CGGCACGGCAGCUCCAAUUACCAAAUACAAAUAGCAAACAGCAAGCAAUGGUGCAGUUAAGAAAUAAUGGACAACUAACCAUGCAGUGCAAAUCCAAUCCCCCCAUGAUUCAGGUAAGGGACCAUGUUUUUUGACUGGUUGAAGCUGAAAAUCAGAAUAUAUAUAUAUAUAUAUGGGAUUUGAUUUGAGGCCUAGCCUUGGACACAUAAGCAAAUUCCUCCGCUUAACAUCCUUCUCAGAUCCGCUAAUAGUGACAGUUUCUCGCACUGUAAUUCGUUUUUAUUUUUGCAAUCUGGCAUUCAUUAUUCAUUCUGGCCCGCUCCUAAGUGGUGCCCGGAAGCUGUUUGAUUAAAUUUCACAUAAGAGGGGAGAGUGAAAGCAAUGAAGUCAUCUGAACUUGGCACGCCUUCCAAAUACGUGACGAUAUGCGGAUUCACUCUGCUAUCCCGCGUCUGUCCUCUGUCAAAAACUUGUCAAUUAAAGUGAUGGGAUUCUGCAACCAAUUUCCAACUGUUAAAGCUAGCUGUACGACCCAGCAGCAGCAGGUGCUCUGGUGGCCCUCCGGAACCUGCACAUAUUGCCAAAUUGCUUGAUUCCUCACCUGGGUGGUGCAAAGAUUUUGACACCCUUUUUAGCAUUUCUGUUUCCUAGCCAACUGUUUCCAGCUUGAUUUCAUGGCCUUGAUGGAUAUAUGGGUCUGAUUUUGUGUCCCCUGAAACACAAAGCUUGCUCAUCCAUGGCUUCUCAUCCAAGUCAUUCACCUGCUCUAGUGAAGCUGCUGGCAUGGAUUUUUGUAUUGAUUUCUUUAAUGGCUGAUUGUGAGGGCAACUUCCUUGAAGAUUUCCACAUAACAUGGGGACCAGACCAUGCUAAAUUGCUUGACAAUGGCAGGACUCUGGCGUUGUCUCUAGAUCAAGCCUCAGGUUCGAGUUUCCAGUCCAAGAAUGAGUAUCUGUUUGGGAAGUUUGAGAUGCAGAUAAAGCUUGUCCCGGGAAACUCCGCCGGCACUGACACUUCAUUUUAUUUAUCAUCACAGGGAUCAGCUCAUGAUGAAAUUGACUUUGAAUUCUUGGGGAAUUUGAGUGGGGAUCCCUACAUUCUACACACCAAUGUGUACACUAAAGGAGGAGGUGGAAGAGAACAGCAAUUCUAUCUAUGGUUUGAUCCAACUGCAGAUUUCCAUACCUACUCAAUCCUCUGGACCCCAAAGCGAAUUCUCUUGUCAGUGGAUGGCACGGUCAUUAGAGAAUUCAAGAACCUGGAAUCUAUCAGCGUUCCAUACCUGAGCAAGCAGCCGAUGAGGCUAUAUGGCAGCAUAUGGAAUGCUGAUUUCUGGGCCACAAGAGGUGGCAUUGUGAAAACAAACUGGAAACAAGCUCCAUUCAUUGCUUCCUACAGGAAAUUCCGCGCUGAGGCCUGUCUUUGGUCUUCUGGGAAGUCUUUCUGCAGCUCAAAUUCGUCUUCUUCUUCCUUGUUCAAGAGCAAGGAUUGGCGCACAGAGGGGUUGGACACCAAUUCUCAGGAACGGCUGAAAUGGGUGCAGAAGAACUACAUGAUAUACGACUAUUGCGCCGACAGGAAGAAGUUUCCGAGGGGGAUUCCAGCAGAAUGCUUUGCCACCAAAUAGGUGAAAUACAACCAACUAUUUGUUCUUUUUUUGUUAUGAUUAUUAGGUCAUUUAUAGUGGUUCUUUUGUACUUAUCACAAUUCAAUUCCUCUAAUUCUUGUUGCCAAUUUAGCUAUUAGAAAUAUGAGUUGAUUCAAUUCUCCCCAUGUAAUAUCUGUUACAUUGUAACUUUUUGACAUUAAUAGAUUAAUUAAAUUACUGGCUGGUUUCAGUCUAAACUCCUCCAUUUACAUUUCGUUCCGGUUGUGGAUUGAAAUUCUGGUCUCCAUUGUUCUUCACUUACUUUUGAGAAAUCAUCCAUGUAAUUAAAUCUUGUCCCUUUGG